AUGUCUCGUGUAAUCAUCAAAAACUUGCCAAAACAAGUAAAAGAAGAACAAAUUCGAAAACAUUUCGAACCAUUCGGAUCGAUAACUGAUCUACAAUUAAAAUAUACCAAAGAUGGUAUUUUUCGUCGUUUUGCAUUUGUUGGAUUUAUAAAUGAAGAACAAGCUCAACGUGCAAUUGAAAAAUUAAAUAAAUCUUAUAUUGGUACAUCAAAAAUAAUUGUUGAACAAUGUUUUGAUUUAAAUGAUAAUAAUCGUCCGAGACCAUGGAGUAAAUAUUCUUCUCAACAAAAUCAUGAAACAGAAAAAAAAUCUCUAGAAACAACUAAAACAAAAACAAAAAAAAACAAAGGCAAUAAUCAAUUAGUUGAUGCAAUACUUGGUGAUCUUAAAUAUGAUGAAAAAUUUAAAGAAUUUGUUAAAAAUGUUGAUUCAAUGAAAACAAGUGAACAAAUCAUAUGGAAUGAUUCAAUGAAAAAUACUGAAGAUAAUAAAAAGAAAUCAUCUAAAUCAAUUGAUAAUCAACCAAUUUCAUCUUUUUCGCCGUCUUCCCUGCCGGUCGAAAAAGAAAAAUCUAAAAAACCUCGUUAUUUAAUUAAAAUUCAUGGUAUUCCAUAUACAUCAAAAGAACGUGAUAUUCGUCAAUUUUUUUCUCCAAUAUCAAUUGUUCGUUGUCGUUUAAUUCAUAAUCGUAAAACAAAUUCUUUAACAGGAACUUGUUGGAUAGAACUUGAAAAUGAAAAUGAUAUGAAUAAAGCAAUGCUUAAACAAAAAACUGUAUUAACAAUAAAAAAAACUGGUGAAAAUCGUUAUUUAGAAUUAACAUCAUAUAUUAAAAAUAAAGAUUUAUUAAAUAAAUUAACAAAUGAUAAUAAUAAAAAACAAAAUAAAAUUUAUCAACCUAUUAAUGAAUCAAUUGGUGAAACAGGUGAAUUAUUUGUAAGAAAUCUUUCAUAUAGAACAACUGAACAAGAUUUAGAAAAACUUUUUAAUCCAUUUGGACAAAUAACAAAUAUUAAUAUGCCUAUUGAUAAUUUAACAAAACAACCAAAAGGUUUUGCUCAUAUUACAUUUAUGUUUCCUGAACAUGCAUUAAAAGCUUUUAAUGAACUUGAUGGACAUGCUUUUCAAGGUCGUUUAUUACAUAUUUUACCAGGAAAAACACAACAACAACAAGAUUCAUCAGAAUCCAAUAAAAACCAAACACCAACAGCAAUAGCAACAUCAUCCGAACAAAAUUGGAAUACAUUAUUUCUUUCUUCAAAUGCCAUAACUGAAAUUAUGGCUGAACGAUAUGGUCUUGAUAAAUCAUCUAUUGCUAAUUCAACAAAAAAAAAUGAUAGUUUAGCUGUACGAUUAGCUGUUGGUGAAACACAAAUCAUACAUGAAACUCGACAAUUUUUAAUUGAUAAUGGUGUUAAAUUAGAUUCAUUUAGUCAAGCAUUAUCAACAACAAAACGAAGUAAAAAAAUAAUAUUAGUAAAAAAUUUACCAAUUAAAACCCAUGAACAAGAUUUAAGAAUUUUAUUUGAAAAAUAUGGUAAAUUAGAAAAAAUUAUUUUACCACCUUAUGGACAUUGUGCAUUAAUUGUAUUUGAAUAUCCACAAGAAGCACGACAAGCAUUUAAACAAUUAUCAUUUCGAAAAUUUAAAGAUAAUACACCAUUAUAUUUAGAAUGGGCACCUGGAAAUGUUUUGUCAGAACAAAUUAAACAAGAAGAAAAACAAACUGAAUCACUCGUCGAAGAAAAAGAAAUAGAUAAACAAGAAGAAGCAACAAUUGAAGAAGAAACAUGUACAUUAUUUGUAAAAAAUCUUAAUUUUGAUACAACUGAUGAAGAUUUAGAAAAGCAUUUUUCUUCUAUUGGUCCAUGUCGAGCUUAUGUAGCAAAAAAAAAAGAUCCAAAACAUUCAGGUCAAUUAUUAUCAAUGGGCUAUGGUUUUAUUGAAUUUUCAUCAAUGAAAUUACUUAAUGAAGCUCUUAAACAAUUACAACAUUCACAACUUCAAGAUCAUCAAUUAGAACUUAAACGAUCAGAACGUACAAUGAAAUCAAAUCAACAAAUAAAAUCUAAUAAACGUAAACGUCAAUUAGAAAAAGAACAACAUACAAGUAAAAUUUUAGUUAAAAAUAUUCCAUUUCAAGCUAAUAUAAAAGAAAUACGUGAAUUAUUUCGUGUAUUUGGUGAAUUGAAAUUUGUUCGUAUGCCAAAAAAAAUCGAUGAUGAACAUCAUCGUGGAUUUGGUUUUGUUGAUUUUGUUAGUAAAAAUGAUGCAAAAAAUGCAUUUGAAGCAUUAUGUCAUAGUACACAUUUGUAUGGACGACGUCUUGUACUUGAGUGGGCUGAUGAAGAAAAUGAUACAAUUGAAGGAUUACGAAAGAAAACUGCAACAGAAUUUGAUCUUAGUUCAAGUAGUAAACGCUUAAAACGAACAGAAUUACUUGGUGAACUACGUAAAAUGGGUGGAAAUGAUCAAAUAUCCGAAAAGAAAACUACUGAAGAAGAUGAAUAA